AUGGACAGCAAGUCAAUUCUUCAAGUUGAUAGCGUGUACGAUGUUGUCAUCGUGGGUGCUGGAAUAUCUGGCAUCAACGCCGCUUACCGCAUCCAAGAAAAACUUCCAAAUCUGAAUUAUGCGAUCCUCGAAGGCCGCGAGGGCUUCGGAGGGACCUGGGAUCUAUUCCGCUACCCGGGAAUCAGAUCUGAUACCGACCUGCAUAGCUUUGGCUUCAGCUGGUUCCCUUGGGCGGAGAAGCGUGCCAUUGCCGACGGAGCAUCCAUUGUGCGAUAUUUACGCAAUGCGGCAGAAAAAGAGGGCAUUGAUCGCCAUGUCCAGUUUAAGCGCAGCGUCCUCUCAGCCAACUGGAUAUCGGCGGAACGAUCUUGGAGCCUGAUGGUCGAAACGGACUCUGGUGAGAGUGUCGAGUAUCAGGCACGUUUCUUGAUCCUAGGCACGGGCUACUACGACUAUAAGGAGCCGCUUGAACCGCAGAUCCCUGGUCUCGACAAUUUUAAGGGACAAGUCAUUCAUCCUCAGUUCUGGCCAGAACAACUUGACUACGCCGGCAAAGAGGUUGUUAUUAUUGGCAGCGGAGCAACAGCCAUCACCCUGCUGCCGAAUUUAGCCAAGAAAGCGAAGAAGGUCACAAUGCUGCAGCGAAGCCCGACGUAUAUUCUAUCUAUCGAUAAUAGUACCGGCAAUUCCUUGUUUCACCGAAUGCUACCUGAGCUAUGGUCUUUCAGGCUCAGCCGUUGGGCGUUUAUCUGGACGACUGCUAUCAUCUUCUGGCUCUGCCGUGCCUUUCCCAACGCUGCUAGAUCGAAGCUACAACGAUGGGUUGCACAGGAGCUUCCAGUCCAUGUCCCCGUGGAUCCUCACUUCACUCCUCUCUAUCGGCCAUGGGAUCAACGAAUCUGCUUCAGCCCCAACGGCGACUUCUUCAAGGCCAUACGGGAGGACAGUGCCCAUGUGGUGACAGACCACGUCAGCACAAUGAAUGAGGAUGCCAUUGUCCUUUCUUCGGGCAGCCAACUGAAGGCGGACAUCAUCAUCACUGCUACCGGUCUGAAGCUCAAGGUGGGUGGGCGCAUACACUUCAAGGUGGAUGGAGAACCCGUCGAGCUUUCUGACAAGAUAGCAUGGCGAGCUGCCAUGCUUAGUGACGUGCCCAACCUGGCUUUCAUGAUCGGAUACGUCAAUGCCUCAUGGACGCUUGGAGCAGACACCAGUGCUCACCUCAUCUGUCGCCUCCUGCAGCACAUGCAGAAGAAAGAGAAGACGAGCGCUGUCCCGCGAUCGCCCAAAUAUACACAAACGCGGCCAAUAUGGAACCUCGAUGCAACAUAUGUCAAGAAAGCGCAGGAAACUAUGCCAAAAUGUGGCGAUUCUGGCCCCUGGAAAGGUCGCACCAACUACUUUUAUGAUCUUUGGCUUGCAAAGAACGGAAACAUCACAGCUGGGCUGGAGUUUUCAGCUGCUGAAAACGCCAAAUUCUGA